AUGUCUGACGUCGAAUUUGUUGCUUUAACUGCUAUACUACUUUUCGAUCCGGCUGCCAUUGGUUUGAGUGAACGUGGUAGCCGAACAGUGCGUGAAGCACGCGAUCGAGUCUAUAAUGACUGGUUUAGUUUUUACGAUAAAAUGGGUGUACUAGAUGUUGGUCAACGAGUAGGAAACACCAUGUUGCUUCUUCCAGCUUUAAUGACAACGGUGAAGAGAACAGAGGAAAAUUUCCGACUUAUACAGGUUUUCGAUCUUUUCCAUUAUGACAAAAUCAUAGAUGAGCUUAUGCAUUUGGGUAGUUAG